AUGGCCAGCGCUCUUGGCACCCUGCCCGGCGCCUCGUGCCCCAAGGAGACGGUGGAGAAGGCGCAGCAGCCGCUCAGCGUGACACCGUUUGCAGGAACUGUGCCUGCGUUUGGCAGCGUCCCUUUGGAAUUCACUUUUGCGCCGCCUGUUUUCAGGGAGGGCCAGGGCUUCCUCUGCAAUCGGACGCCUGAGCGUCAUUCCGCGCGACACGAGUUUGCCGGUAAGAUUGAAAGCGAGGAGCUCAACCUGGCUCUACCUUUGAAACUGCUGGGCACGGCAGUGCUGCCGGCCCUCAAGGUUUCUCCCGACAUGCUGCAGUUUGGCCAGUGCCCUGUGAACCACAGGCGAGACAUUGUCCUUCGGAUCACCAACGCCGCGCAAAGCAUGCCCUUAGACUUUGAAAUCCCUCGUGUACCACAUAUGAGCAUUCAGCCAAUGAAGGGCAAGCUGGCUCCCCUGCAGAACACCAACGUGGUGGUCUCCUUCACGCCGAAGGCGCUUGGCAAGUUUGCGCAGGAUCUCAUCAUCAAGUACUGUUCGAAUCUGUACUCCCACACGAUGAGAUGCUUCGGUGAGGCCCCAGUUCUGGGUGAGAAGGUGGUGCCAGUGAAGGGUUUGGAGCGGACCGGUCGCGAUUUCGACCCGGAGCACGUCUACGUGAACCAGGACCAAUUGAACCUUCCACCCCGGACGCGCAACCUCCAAACCUUGACGAAGAUCAUGAAGGAGGACCUAGAGAGGAACCAGAACUCUUCAGAUGCCUUGGACUCCAUCAUGCUCGACUUGCCUGAGCCGACGCCCUACUCGCUCUCGCCUUCCGCGAUGCAGGAGCAUGUGCGGAACAAACAGCGGUACAACAAGAUGCUGAAGGAGUCAAGGUUGCGGCGGAAAGCCCGUCUGCAAGAACAGAAGAACCCGACAGAGCCAAUUGACAUCUUCUACGAGGAUGAUGUCAACAUGGGAAUGAUGCCUGGGUCGGGCCUCAAAAGUCCCCGGUACAAUGUGGAUGACAUCCCAGUGGACAGAUUACACCUGGAGCGUGCAUUGGAUGAUGACAGCGCAGCACGCGGUGUAACUGGUCAUCGAUACAUGCACGACGAGAACAAGCUCAUCAAAAAGAAGUACAAGGCCGGUCCAACUACCCAGGCGGAGGUACGAGAGUGCUCUGCCAGCCUGGAGAACUGGCAGCUGGGUUUAAUCUCCGUCGGCCCAGGGGUUUUGGACUUCGGCAAUGUUUAUGUGAAGUCCACCGUGGUGAAGUCCUUCUCGGUCUUCAAUGACCUGCCGCAGGCAAUCCUGGUCGCCAUGCAGUACGAUGCUGAAGAGCUUAGCCGGUCCACGCCGACAUCACAGGUCGUCCCCUCGGCCCAUGCAGCCGGCUUCGACGUGUCGGUGUGCUCCGCUGUGCCCCAGACCUUCCAGCGGCAGGUGGUGUACACCAUCAACGGCAUCCACCCCUACAAGCUGCUGAUCAAGGCAACCAUCACUCCCGUCCAGAUCAGAAUGUCCAGGGCAGACAUCAACUUUCGCUUCGGUGAGGACAGUUUGGAUAAGACUCUGACGGAGAAGCUUGUGCUCGACAAUCCAGGCAACGCUCCUGCCAAAUUCAGCUGGCAGGGAGCGAAUGCAUCCUUCUCUGUCUCUCCGGUAAGUGGCGUCAUCCCACGCGGCGGCUCCCAGGGAAUCGAGGUCACCUUCACCCCACCCAACAGCGGGCAGCUGAUGGAGGGCUUCCUGACAUUGAAGGUGGAGGACGGCAAUGACCACAGCCUUCGGUGUGUGGGCCAGGCACCCGAGGCCACGCUGAACUUCGGAGUGAAGAGGUUGGACUUGGGUGUUCUGGCCGUUGGUCUUCCGGCGGACCGCUCCAUUCCCAUCGUCAAUGGUGGCAAGACGGUGGCAGUCUACCACGUGGACAGCGUGCCGGAUGGCGUUGGUAUCUCCCCAAUGCGCGGCCGGGUAUCCGCGGAGGGGCGAGCCGAGCUCAUUGACGUGCACGUGCUCCUCGACAGGCCGAUGCAACUGGAGAGCGCUGUGACGCUCAACGUGCGAGGAGGCAAGCCCAUCCGACUGCCCAUCAUGGCCACGGCCGUGAACCCCAACAUCGAGUUCAUUGAGGACGAGAUUGAGUUCGGGCAGCUCACACUCGGAGCCCUAGGCAUGGUACCGAUCUCCCUCAAGAACUCCUCUGCCGUGGAAGGGACGCUGUAUGUGAACCUGCAGCCCUACCCUGAGUUCAGCCUGUCGCUCUGCGAAGAGCGGCCGGAGGCUUAUGAUGCCGACUACGACGCGACAGCCCUUCAGCCCAUCUCACUUCAACAGUAUCAGCUGGCAAUCGGUGGUGUAACGGACAACCAAGCAGCUCCGUCGAACGCGAUGACUGCCAAGCCCACGUUGAUGGGGAGCCCUCAGGGAGCGACGCAGAUGGGGCCUCCGCAGGAGGACGAGGACGAGGAAGCCAACUCGCAGGUCUACAAGAUCACGGUGCAGCCGAACUACACCCUACACAUGCAGCUCACAUACAAGCCCACAGACCUCGGCCAGCACUUCUUCGAGUUCCCUGUGAUGGCGGCCGGGGGAGGCAAGAGUGAAGGCCUUCGCAAGGUGGUCCACGCUGAAGCCUUGCGGCCGCGCAUGCUCUUCAGCGCGACAGACCUGAACUUCAAGACCAAGGUGGUGGCGUCAGGCAUCCAGUCGGUUGCGUCCGUGCUGGAACUGGCUCUUCACAACGCAGAUGACUUCCCCAUCGAGUGGCGCAUCGACACCGAGCCCCUCAAAAAGUUCAUGGGUGUCUUCACAGUCGACCCGGCUGGUGGCAUCCUGCACCCUGCGCAGGACUGCUUGGUUCGCGCGGCCUUCAUGCCCAAUGAGCCCGUGGAGUACAAGGCCAACAUGAACGUGUACAUCUCGCCACCUCGAGAUGCGGGCAAAGCCGGCGAUGCCAGCAUGGCCUUGCCCGCGGAUGAGAGCAAGCCGUACCUCUCCCUGCGGAUGAAGGGUCAGGGCACUGUACCCAAGCUCACGUUCGACAGGCGCGAGAUCGUACUGCCGACAGUUCCGCUUGGCAUCAAGUCUCGAUGCCUGUUCUACAUCGUGAAUGAGGGCUACGAGAGCUUGGACGUCAAGUAUCGGCUGCCUAACGAUCAGAUCCGCAUCCCGCUGACCAUCAACUUCCCGGAGGGGCAGCAGAUUGGAAUCACCAAGCCAAAGAUCCCAGUGGAGAUCUUCUUCCAGUCCAACAAGCCCAUCUCCUUCUGUGCCAAGAUCGAGUUCUUGGACAACGAGUCAGGCUCCUAUGUGUUGCCGGUGUCUGGGACCACAGAGAACUGCAUUUUGACAUGUCACCAUUACUUGCAUAACAACACGGACUUCUACACCCUCGAAGGAGAGCCCGUCAUGCUGCAGGAGAAGGAGGACAACUCCAACGGGGAGCAGGGUGCGGCGCCGUCCAUCAAGACGGGGAGCGUGUCGCACCAGUCUGUGGCCGGUUACGGAAAUCAGGACAUGUCCCAGGCAGACUUCUUGGUCCGAUGGCUGAACGGCAACAUUCUGAAGAACCAGCUGGACCAUUUCCCACAGGAUCUGGUGAACUCCAACGGCCGUCAUCUGUAUGAGCUCAUCGAGUUCCUGUCUGGGAAGAUGGUGCCCAACAAGGCGGCAGCACCGGCGGCGCCCCAGCGCAUGGACAACACGGGCUCCUCCUUCCGUGGCAAUGACCGAGGUGCCAAGCAGAAGAGCCGGGAGAUGCAGAAGAUCCUACAGUUGAUGCAACAAUUCGAGGUGCUCCUGAACUUCUUGAAGCAGCACGGUGCCUUGCUGGCUUCAGUUCGGCCAGAACAUUUCUUGUCGCACGAGAACUACCUUCGCUACCAGCAGAGCCUAAACGUGGGCAUCACAAGAAGGCAGGUGGACAAGAUGUUCUUUCCAAAGAGCAUGGAGGCAUGGAUGACCUGCAUCCUGCAGACCGUGAAGAUUUUCCUGCUCAACCGGAUCACGAGCAAGGCCUUCAAAACUUUGCCUGGCAUGACGGCAGAGAUGGACCACCCUGUGGGGGCAGCUGUGGGUGCGGAGGAUCUGACGUCCGAGCAGCCGGAGAAGAAGUCAUCUUGCCCAGAGCUGCAGAGUGCGUUGGACACGAAGUUCCUGGCAGACUCCAAUGUGUACAGCAUGGCAGAGUGCAUCCUCCUGCGCUGGCUGAACUUCCACUUCUGGCGCGCCAACAAGGGCAGGUAUCCGUUCCGGAAGGUCUGCUGCUUCGACGCCGACCUCGAAGACUCCGUCGUUUUGGCUGUGGUGAUCCAGUCGCACGUGCCGCAUUGCCAGGCCGUGCAGAAUAUGCGAGCUCAAUGUACCAGCUUGGAUCACCACGAGGAGAAUGCAAUGCACAUCAUUGCUGCCCUGUCUGAGAUUGGGCUGGCGUUCCCCAUCCAGGUUUCAGACAUUGCGUCUCCACAGGCCAAGGACAUGCUGCUGUUUGCGAUGUUCCUCUUCCAGAACUUGCCCAACUACGUUCCGAAGACCACCAUCGUGUUCUCUACGAUGCUGGGAGUGAACAUGACCAAGAACAUCGAGCUCACAAACCCUUCCAAGAAGGCGAUCACGUACCUGGUGCAGCUUGUGGGGUCCAGCGGCAGCGACUUCGCCAUAAAGGAGGACACGAUCAAGCUGGAGCCUAGGCAGACCUUCUCUUAUCCGGUGGAGUACUGCAGUCGCUUCUCCAGGCUGGUGGAAGACAAGAUCAUGUUCACCUCCAAGCGGGAAGGCAACGUUCACGCUGCCGCCAUGGUCUUCAAGUUGAGGAGCCGCUGCACCGGGCGCAAGCCGCGCAAGACCAUCAACGUCUCCGCGGUGCUCUACGAGGUCGGCACCGUCGACGUGGACUUGGAGAACCCCUUCUCCGAGGAUGCUGAGUUCACUGUUGCCCUCCGGGAAAGCACAAUUUGCGACGCGGAGAAGAACCCUGUUUCCUCGAAGCGAUGUGAGGGCAUGGAGGCCUUCUACUUGAGCUCCACCCGCUGCCGAGUCAAAGCCGGGUCCACUGGCAAGCUGACGAUCUCCUUCUUACCCUUCGAGGCGCCCGCACACUUCACAGCCCUGCUGGGAGUGUUCGACUCGAAGGCUGGAGAGUACUACUAUGAGCUGAUGGGAACCUCGUCUCCACCUUUGCCGCUGGAAACCUACAAAAUGCAAGUCAAGGCGGAAGCCUCGGGCACCAAGGACAUCAUCCUGCCGCUCCGCAACAUGCAAGUCGAGCGGGCGCGCACCUGGCUGCAGAACCGCGGCGCCGGACCCCCGAACCCUCCGGACUACAUCACCUACGAUGUGAAGGUUUCAUCGCCGUACUACACCGCGCCGAAGCAGGUGAGCAUCUACAACGGAAAUGCCGGCAAAGGCGAGGGCAAAGGUCGUGGACCGGCUGCAGAUCGAUCCCAGGGCGGUGACGGCCGGAGACCGUCCGCGCAGGCCAGCCAGGUGGCCAAGCUGGUGGUCGAGUUCUGGCCGAAGGAGCCUGGCGUGUACCCUUGCACAGUGACCCUGACCUCCGACGUGGACAUCCGCAUCUACCAGUUCGAGGGGACGGGCACUGCGCCCAACACGCAUUGCUCGCUGACUUUCACCACGCAAGCUCGGAAGCCGAUCACCCAGGAGAUUCCGAUUGUGAAUCCUACGGACCGAGAAUGGGCAAUCAAGCCGACAUUCUCGCAGAUCGGGCAUGAGUUUGACGGGCCCCGGGAGUUCUUCGCCAAGAAGAAGGGUGCAACAGGGCAGGCCACCGUGACGACGUAUCCGCUGACCUUCAAGCCCGAAUGGGUCUGCGACGUGAAGGCACAGUUGGUGCUGUACAACGUGGGUACCAACGAAACAUAUGAGUACGACCUUCACGGCAUUGCGGAGGAGCCUUUGGCAGAGGAGCAUGUGGUCGUGAAGUGCGAGGCGCGGGAGAAGACCUCGCACGUCUUCUCAGUCAAGAACCACUCCAACAUGACCGCCACGUUCGAGGUCGAGAGUGACCUGGUCCACAUCUCGGGCCCCUCCUCGAUUCAGGUGGAUGGCCGGGGCACGGGGGAGUACGAGCUGGUAUUUCAGCCCCUGCAGGCUGGCCAGGUCACAGGCUGCAUCAUGUUCCGGGAUACCCACACGGGGCACUUCACCUGGUACACCGUCGAGCUCAUGACGCUUCCUCCGAAGCCGCAGCAGCAGCUCACUUUGACGUGCGUGGUGCGGCAGGCAGUGGCGGUUGACAUCCAGCUGGUGAAUCCUCUGGACGACGUCGUGGUAUUCGAGGUGGCCUUGAAUGGCGACGGGCUCCUCGGUGAGGCAGAGUUCGUCCUGGCCCCCAAAGAGACUGCGACGUACGAGCUGGUCUUCAGCCCACUCCUUCCAGCGAGAACCAAGGGCACCGCUGUCUUCUUCAACGAGGUCGUAGGGGAGUUCUGGUAUGACCUCUCCCUGAUCGCCGAAGCGGCAUUGCCCGAGGAGAUCCCUCUCCUGCAGUGCGAGCUGGGCAGGACUGCGCAGACGACAGUGAAGGUCGACAAUCCAACUGGGCAGGAGGUGGCGCUGAAACAUCGCUCCACGAACAAGAUCAACUUCAAGGUCAUGAACAACCGGAUCAUCCUUCCGCCCCUGGAGUCCACCGAGAUCACCAUCGAGUAUAGCCCAUCCUCCCUUGGUGUCACGGAGGAAGCGCAGAUUGUGUUUGAGCAUCCCUCGAUCGGAUCUUGGGUCUACAAGGCUCAGGGCUUGGGCCUGCCGCCCCUGGAAGCACGCAGCGUCACGGUGGCGGCACAAGUGAACCGCACGGUGUCCUCCACCAUCCAGUUCAAGAACCCUUUCCUUGAGACAAUCACCAUCUUCAUUGUGCUGGAGUCCAAGAGCGAGAAGGGCGUCUUCAACCUCUUGAGCAAGAAGGCGAAGGUGCAGAUCGGACCAUUGGCCACUACGCAAAUCCCCUUCUCCUUCUGCCCGCCAACGAUGACGCAGCACACUGCAGAGAUUGCCCUCUCGGCACCUGCGCAGCGUUGGGCACUGCAAUCACAUGUGGGCCAUGUCCCCAUAACCGAGGUGAUGAAGCCCAACCUGACGUGGUCGUACCGCGUUCAGGGAGUCGCCGAGGCUCCGGCCGACCCGACCUUGCACACGUUCACCGUGCAAGCCCGCGAGUCCUUGCAAACUACAUAUGCCCUGACUCUGAUUGGCCUGGACACCACACCUGGGGACAGGCACGGCGACCAGCUGUCAUGCCAGCUGGAGGUGCCACCGCAACAUCAGGCAAUGGUCUCGAAGUGCUUUGACAUCAACCUGGACAGCGAGGCACCUGUGAGAACAGCCUCCAGUCAGGCCUCGAAGGCGCGAUCCAGCAGGGCCGCCGAUGGGCAAGUCAUGCUGAAGGUGAACUUCAGCCCUCUUCGGCCUUUCAUUGCUCUCUGUAACCUGGUCAUCACCCGGGCCUCUGGUGGCCGCUGGAGAUUCGACCUGAAGCUGGAAGCGACCGAGCCGGAGGUGGACGACGUGAUCUCGAUCCAGUCGCCGCUGAACAAGCCAGCCAGCGUGGCUUUCAGGCUCAACAACCACACCAGCGUGUACUCCGAGUUUGAAGCAUUCUUUGAUGCAGAGUCGGCGUACGAGUUCACCGUGCAGCCCACGUCAGGAGUUCUGGAGCCUGCGGGAACUAGCGGAACAACUUUUGUGGUUACCUACAAGCCCACGGAGUAUGGCAAGCCGGUCCAGGGCAAGCUGAUCAUUCAGACGGAGGACGUCUUCUGGUCCUACAUGGUCAAGGGCACGCACCCGAAGUACAGCGCGCCGGUGGUCGACAAGCCGAAAGUCGCGACCAGGCUUACGAGGGAGAUGGAGGCGCAGUUGCAGAAAGCCUCCACGAGCCGACGGAAGAACUUCAUCAAGGAGCCACUUGGGUGUUUGGGUUUGUAG